AUGUUUCCAGUGAAGCAGCCGUGGCUGUGUAAAGCUCUAGGUUGCUAUGACUGCUGUGUGCGUUGCCUUGGCGCCGUGCCCUAUGCCAGCCUGGCUGCCACGCUACUGUGUUAUGCGGGCGUGGCGCUGUUCUGUGCCGGCGGGCACCAGGCACUCACUCACACCGACACGCUCGUUCAGAUGCACUUCGCCCGCACGCUGCAGGACUACAUGGUGCUGGCAGACUUUAUUAAAUAUUUCCAGUAUGUGAUCUACGGCCUGGCGUCCUUCUUCUUCCUGUAUGGGAUUCUGCUGCUGGCUGAGGGUUUCUACACCACCAGCGCCAUCAAACAAACCUUCGGAGAGUUUCGCAGUACUCAGUGCAGCCGCUGCCUCAGCCUCACUUUCAUCGUCGUGACAUUCGUGCUGGCGGUCAUUUGGCUGGUGGUCUUUGUGUUCGCUGCCAUUCCCGUCUACUUCCUCUACAACAUGGCCGAAACGUGCCACACCGUCAACAUCCUGUCUGAGACGACCACCAGCCUGAGUCAGCACGGCUGGGUCUGCGUGGAUGCUCGGCAGUUCGGACUGCUACCCUGGAGUGCUACACCUGGUAAAGUGUGUGGAAUGACAAUGGCCAACAUCUGUAAAACCCCAGAGUUCUAUGUGACCUACGAUUUCUACAUCGCUGCGUUUGCUGGAGCAGGAAUCACUCUGCUCGCUCUGGUGCUCUAUAUUGUGGCCACCACCUAUAACUACGCUGUCCUGAGGUUUCUGGGCAGGAAGGGGAUUCGUUGCUAGGUGCAGUGUUGCUAAGCACAGUGUUGCUAGGCAACAUGUUUCCUCUCUGAUGAACGCUGCUGUGCUUGUUGUUGCAUUGUCACGGCGAUCUGGCUCAUGGACGAAUCGCUGAAGAGCGUCAUGAAGCCCUCUGUGUGGAAAACACACACCCACUUACAAACAAACAAACAAACAAACAAGACAACAAGGAAACACAUGUAACAGCAGGUGGAAGGAGAAAGAUCUAAAUACCUACUAAACCGAGUGAAUCAGCUAAGCUCUAACGAGUCUCAUGCGCUUCGUUACGGUUCUUAUAUUAGAAAUUCUGAAUAGAGCUGCCUGCAGAGUUUCAGCUUCUGGGAAUCAUCUCACGCGUCUGAAGAUUUUUUCAGCGCUGUUUUAUUGUGUGUUUCUGCUUUGAUCUGAUAAAUUAACAGCACGUUCACUAAAACACACGUUACACUCACUCAGACUGCUGACUCGGGUUUCCUGAACGCCACAGAAACCCAACUAAAUGAACUGAAUUUAGACUAAUCCAGCUGAUUUGAGUUGAACUGAACUGAACUGAACUGGGUUGAACUGAAUUGAAUUGAGUUGAAUGGAACUGAAUCGAAUUAAAGGGAUAUAUUUCAUACAGGUUCAAUCAUAUUUCACAUGUAAAAUUAACCAGAAUAAAUUAAAUAAACACAUGAAUGUAAAGAAUCA